CAAGAUGUCGCUUAUGUCACUUUGAAACCGAUCCAGAACCCUUUAAAAUCUCCCGAAGCACCUGAACCAGCCCCUCCUCAGAGACACUGCAGGAGCUCCAGAAGGACCUCUUACAGAGAUUAACGGCUGCUGUGGAGCGGAUGAUGGAGAGGGUUUCCCGUGCAAGUGUGCUUCUGCUGUUCCUCUGUGUUUGUUCUUGUGUUCUGACCGUUUUCUCGCAGUUAAACGCCGGAUCGAGAGCGGCGGCGGGUGCGCCGCGCGCGCGGACGCGAUGGACGAAUAACGGGCGCGUGUUUGAUCUAGUGAGUCGCGGGUCCGAGUUUGUGCCACCGGGCCGAACAGAACCGAACCGACGAGCCGCUGGACCCGUGAUCCCGAUCAGUGACGGUAACAACACGAGCUCAAACUCUCCCAUAGAAACAACGGACACUCCGAGAACAGAAGACAUGAUGAUGGGAGAUGAUCCAUAUGAUCCAUAUAAAUCCAUCCGGAACAAUCCACACAAUAAUCCGUAUUAUAAUUAUUAUGACUCGUACUACAGACCCCGACACAGCACUCAGAGACACCACGGGUACGGAACCAGAUACUUCCAGAACGGUCUUCCGGAUCUUGUGGUGGACUCGUAUAAGAUCCAGGUGUCCACGUAUGUCCAGAGAGUGGCCAUGUACAAUCUCAGGUGUGCUGCGGAGGAGAACUGCCUGUCCAGUUCUGCUGCUGACGCUCGGGACUAUGACACCAGAGUUUUACUGCGGUUCCCUCAGCGGGUGAAGAAUCAAGGAACCGCAGACUUCCUCCCCAGCAGACCGAGAUACUCGUGGGAAUGGCACAGCUGUCACAAUCACUACCACAGUAUGAAUGAGUUCUGUCAUUACGAUCUGCUGGACGCGAGCACAGAGAGGAAAGUGGCGGAGGGUCAUAAAGCUAGUUUCUGCCUGGAGGAUACGUCAUGUGACCCGGGAUACCACCGCCGGUACGCCUGCACGUCUCACACACAGGGUUUGAGUCCGGGAUGUUAUGACACGUACGGCGCCGAUAUCGACUGUCAGUGGAUCGAUAUCACAGACGUUCAGCCGGGGAAGUACAUACUCAAGGUUACUGUAAAUCCAGGUUACCAGGUUUCAGAGUCAGACUUCAGCAAUAAUAUCGUCCGCUGUGACGUUCACUACACUGGGAACUAUGCUCACGUGUCCGGCUGCGCCAUGUCCUCGUAA